GUCACACCCAGACUACCUACGCAUAUUUCGUACGCAAACGCAAACGCCAACGCCCACACUGGCCGGCCUGCUUCCUCAACGACCUUGUCCACGACGUUGUAACGAUUCCGAAAUAUCCGCCUAUACAUACUCGAAGCAUUGCUGCCCCAGCAUGCCCGACAGUCGCUGAUAGACACGACCCCUGCCACUUCACUCUAGUCCCUCGUUCACAAUGCCUCUCGACUACUUUGGCUACAUCGCCGAAGCCGGCCUCCCGACAUACGUGACGGAGAACUGGUGGUUCAUAAUCAAGACCGUCGCAGCGGUAGCAGUCCUCGUCUUCAUCAAGCUAUGGAGCUCCGGUGCCUCCAACACGGCCGAGCGGGACAUGCACGGGAGGAUAGUCAUGAUAACGGGCGGGACGUCGGGCAUAGGAGCGGCGACGGUACUAGAACUCGGCAGCCGCGGCGCGCAAAUCAUCCUCCUCACGCACACGCCCGUGUCGGACCCCUUCCUGGUCGAGUACAUUGGCGACGUGCGCGCCCGGACCGGCAACGAGCUCAUCUACGCCGAGCACGUCGACCUCUCGUCCCUGCACAGCAUCCGAAAGUUUGCGACCAAAUGGAUCGACAACUCCCCGCCGCGCCGGCUCGACAUGAUUAUCCUUGCCGCCGCCACAAUCACCCCGGCGUCGGCUAAGCGCAAGGAGACGGCCGAGGGCAUCGAGGAGACGUGGAUGGUCAACUACCUCGCCAACUUCCACCUCCUCUCCAUCCUCAGCCCCGCGAUCAAGGCCCAGCCCUGGGACCGCGACGUGCGCAUCAUCUUCGCCUCGUGCUCCUCGUACAUCGGCUCCCCGUCGCUCAAGCAGCCCCUCGACAAGAAGACGUGGUCGCCUGGCACGGCCUACAAGCGAAGCAAGCUGGCGCUCAUGGUCUUUGGCCAGGCCUUCCAGAAGCACCUCGACAACUACAAGCGACCCGACCAGCUGCCCAUGAACGCGCGCACCUUCUUCGUCGACCCGGGCUUCAGCCGCACGCCAGGCAUGAGGCGCUGGCUCUCGCGGGGUUCGCUUGUCGGCCUGUUUGCCUACAUCGCCGCCUACCCGCUACCGUGGCUCUUCCUCAAGAGCCCCGAGCAGGGCGCGCAGGCGAUUCUUUUUGCGGCCAUGGAACCCAGUCUUGUGCGCGCGGGUGCCGGCAAGUUGAUCAAGGAGUGCCGGAUCGUGGACUUUGCGCGGACGGAGAUUGAGGACGACGAGGUGGCCAAGAAGCUGUGGGAGGACAGCGACAAGCUCAUUGAGACGACGGAGAAGGAUUCGGCUGCUCUCAGGGCGCUGGAGAAGAAGAUGCAAGAAGAAGAGGCCAAGGAGGCCAAGGAGGCGGAGAAGGUGAAGGAGGUUGAGUCUCUGGUCGAGGCUAUCAAGAAGGGCAAGGAGUCGCAAAAGGCAAAGGGGAAGAAGAAGGCGAAGAAGGAGACAUUAUAAAAGCUUUGGGGGCGUUUGACUAUCAUCUACAUAUAGACUAUCUACUUAAUGAGAAAACAAGUGGCUGAUCCAGUCACUUACUUAUACGAAUGCUCCAAGUAUAUUUC